AUGGCGCACGUUUUAAUGAAUGCGCAAGCCACUACUACUACGAUGCCACCAACUCCUCCAGUGCAGAACAGUGUUGACGCCUAUGGUCAGAAAUUACCACCUACCCCAUUAUACAGUGGAUCACAACAAGGUACCCCACAGCAAGCCACCUUCCCGCCAUAUCAGAGCAGUGGUGGCAGUUCAACAAUGCACCACUCUAACGCGAACGGACCUUCAUCGAGGAUCUCGCCAAUUCCAGUUCAGAUGCACGGUGAAGGGCAACAUCAGUUACCCAGACGACGUACAUCAUCCGAAUUCCCACUAGCACUUGUGGGAUCUAUACAGCCAAACCUCCUACCAGCUUUCAACAGUGGCCAUGCUGCUACUAUGAGUAGUAUGUACAAUGGACACCCCAAUCAUAUGCAUGGACUUAUGCAACAUCCGCCACCCGAUGAUCGACCUUAUCGAUGCGACCAGUGUACGCAAAGUUUCAGGCGCAACCACGACUUGAAAAGGCAUAAGCGCAUUCAUUUGGCAGUUAAGCCGUAUCCCUGUGACCACUGUGCCAAAAGUUUUUCCCGGAAAGAUGCACUAAAGCGACAUAUCCUUGUUAAAGGCUGCGACAAGGACAAGGAUUCCCAGUCUGAUAAAAACAGCACAGCGGCUGGCUCCCCCAUACUUACACGCACGGACACUGGCGGGGGUAACUCUGGGGGCGGCCGAACUCACAACAUACAGGGAAAUCAUGCCUUAAAGUCGCAUACAUGA